AUGAUACCGGAAAAACCAGCAGGUUUGGCAGAAUCAAUUCUGGAAAUUCGUUUAAAUACCGAAGCACGUAUUGAAUUUGGAAGUGAACAAAAUCUGUCAUGUUUUUGGAUGUCAAAAGCUGCAAAGAGUUUUGAAAUAGCACAUGAAGAAGCGGAUUUGAGGUUAAAAUCAUCAAAGUCUGCUGCUGUAGUGUCAAACGUAAUUGGAGCAACUGAAAAAGAAGAUUUAUCUAUAAAGAUAAGAAAUGUAUUAUUUAGUGUUCUAAAUGACGAGUCAACUGACAUUUCUAGGACACAAAAUUUAUGCAUUAUUGUUAGAUUUUAUGAUGCUGAGCCAGGCAAAAUCACCAGUCGCUUCUGGGUGUUGUAUCAGAUUUUUAAUGAAGAAGAUAAAUCAUCUGAAGCAUCAGCAAAACAUAUUUUUAACUGCGUUGAAAAAUCUUUUCAAAAAUACUCAGUUCCACUCACAAAUAUCAUAGGGUUUGGAUCAGAUGGGUGUGAUACUAUGAUGGGGGAUAAAAAUUCAGUAAGAACACGAUUUGAGCAGAGAUGUCCUGGAAUUUACAUAAUGAAAUGCCUGUGUCACUCAUUACAUCUCUGCGCAAGUAAUGCUUGUUCUGAAUUACCCCCAGAAUGUGAAAAAUUACCACAGCUGGUUCAUAAUCAUUUUUCAGUGAGCUCAAAACGCCAAUAUGCAUACAAAAGAAUUCAAUCGAUAUUGGAUUUGAAACAGCAUAAAGUUUUACAACCUGCUCAGACCCGCUGGUUACCAUGGUUAUUAUGGUGGUAG